AUGGCGACUAGUGGUUCUUCGCGUUAUGAGACUGAGCAGCUUCAAAAAGGAUGUUACUAUGAGUGGAUGAGUUUACAAUCUAAACACAUAGCUGAUCUCAAAGAAGCACUCAUGAGUCAACGAUCCAAAGAAAACGAUCGCAAACUCGGAGAACUCGUUGGUAAAAUCGUCGAUGACUUCCAAAAGUACACGGAGAGACGAUCAGAGCUCUCUCACCGAUGCUGCUCCAGCUACUUUGCACCGUCGUGGAACUCUUCUCUAGAGAACGGUUUGCUUUGGAUGGGAGGAUGUCGUCCUUCUUCUUUCAUCAGAGUCAUAUACGCUAUGUGCGGAUCCCAAACCGAAACCCAUCUUUCUGAGUAUCUCCUCAAGAUCGAUGAAAACGUCGGUGAUGCAAACAACAGUACUGAUGGUUCCAUGAGUGAUCUUACCGCGACGCAGCUUGCGAAGAUCAACGAGUUACACAUAAAGGUGAUACAGAAAGAAGACAAGAUAACGAAGAAAGCUGCGAAUCUGCAAGAAGAUGUUGCGGAUAUGCCGAUCGCAGUCACGGCUUACGCCACUGAUUUGGUGGAGGCCGGCGUGGCGGUGGAGGAUGCUUUAGAUAAGCAUGAAGAGUGUAUGGCGGUUGUAAUGGCAGAAGCUGAUAGGCUGAGGUUUGAGACGCUUAGGAAGAUCGUGGAGGUUGUGACUCCGGUUCAAGCGGCGGAGUUUUUGCUCGCGGGGAAAAGAUUACACGUGUCGUUGCACGAGUGGGGAAGAGUCAGAGAAGAGAAACGUCUCGGGUGUGCACGCACGGGGGAGGCUUCAGCCGCAAGAGAAGAUGCUGGCAAGUCAAACAGAUCAGCCACUUGUUGA